AUGCAGCUCAGGAAACACUGCCUCGUUGCUUUCGUCGCCUACAGUGCCAUCGUGAUUACUGUGCUUGCACAGUACUCCACACCAGAUGGAGGAGCUGCAAAUCGUGUGGGAAAUCCAUUUUUCAAUACGCUGCAAUAUGUGAAUCCAAUCUAUGCAGCAAACGUGAACAAGUCUGUCGCUCUGUAUUCAAACAAUGCCACACGUGUUGCUCUCCUUCAAGUGGUCGCCACGUACCCAACAUUUGUAUGGCUAUCUUCAUUCAGUGCCAUUUCCACCAUAUUGGCUCAUCUCAGCAAUGCAGCCAAUCAGUCGAAUGGACGACCAAUAGUCGUUCCGUUCGUGAUUUACAACAUUCCAGGCAUGUUGAGCAAGGCGUGUCGAGAUUGUUCAGCUCUUGCAUCUCCUGGUCAGAUACCACCUGGUGCUCUUGAUCAAUACAAGGCCCAAUUCAUCGAUCCCAUCCUCACACUAUUUGCCACAAAACAAUCAAACAUCAACCUCGUGCUCAUUAUCGAACCUGACGCACUCCCAGAUGUCAUCGCUUAUAAUUGUGCCUCGGCGACCACCUAUCCCGCUGCUAUCGCAUACGCCAUAGCAAAAUUCUCUACACUUGCAAACACUACGAUUUAUCUUGAUGCGGGAAACGGCCCUUGGUUGGGCGUACCAGGUCUACGGGGAAAAAUUGCUCCUAUGUAUCAAAGCGUCAUGACGUUAGCCAAAGCUAUCAACCCUAAAGCCAGUAUUCGAGGCUACAGCAGUAAUCUGUCCAACUAUAACCCGUUUGAGGGAAGAGGUCUUUGUCCCGCAAAGCAAUACUGUCCGUUAGUUGACGGAGCUUAUAAUGGAAACGAGUGUAUUGAUGAGAAUAUCUUUACCCAAACUAUGAAUACUGCUUUUGCCAGUGCGGGAUUGCCUACACGAUGGCUGAUUGAUACUAGUCGCUCAGGUCAAAUCGGUGUUCGUACAUAUUGGAGCUCUUGGUGCAACAUCCGAGGCGCUGGACUUGGCGAACGCGCAAUAUCGAAUCCGGCAUCCCAAGUUGACGCUUUCGUCUGGGUGAAACCUCCCGGAAAUAGUGAUGGUGCUAGCAACGGAACAUCCGGUAUCGAUCCUCACUGUGUGCCGACCGAUCCUCUCGGUGUAGACGCGUUAGGCGGAGCUCCAUCUGCAGGUGCUUGGUUUGACGCACACUUUGUCAUGCUGGUUGAUAAUGCUUCUCCUGCAAAAUUUGUUGCAUCGGUUAUUCGACAAGCAUCUGCGUCAACCCAUACCACCAAAGCAUCAAGUUAUGUAUGGCAAGUCGCCAAUCUGCCUCUGAUACUUCUGCUCAACAAGCUCAUACUUUGA